AUGACGCAGCUUCCCACCACGGCUGCGCCGUCUCGAUCCCACGCUACACAGCCGGGACACCGAACUUCCCAGCCGUUGCGAGCUAUUUCGUACAACAUCCGAUAUGCCACCCAAUCGCCGGUGUUGGGCGAGCGACCCUGGACCGUGCGAUGUCCCAAGCUGUGCACGCAACUCAACUUCCUCACCGCAGGCCACGAAAGUCCCUUCAUCUGCCUGCAAGAGUGUCUCUACUAUCAAGUAGUCGAUAUACAAUCACGUCUGGGCUCCAGCUGGUCUCACAUUGGGCGAGGUCGCGGCAGGGCCGAGACGGAUGGCGAGUUCUCGCCCAUCUUCUACCGCUCCGGCAUCUGGUCCUGCGUACGCAGCGAGACACGCUGGCUGAGCGAAACCCCCUACCAGCCAUCCAAAGGCUGGGAUGCUGUGCUGAACCGCAUAGUCACCAUGGGCGAGUUUGUAAACAAAACCAGAGGCACCCGGGUUGUGGUGAUGAGCACGCAUUUCGAUCACAUUGGUGUCAAAGCGCGUCAGCAUAGCGCUGAGCUCUUGAUCCAGUUUGCCAAAGAAUGGAGCCAUGACAGUGACAUCAGCCCUGCCGUCGUCCUGAUCGGAGGAGACUUCAACAGUACGCCGAAUGACGGCGCAUACAAGACCAUGACAGCCCCCGGGUCAGACAUGUCCGACAUUGCAAGUCUGAUCCCCGUGGACCAGCACUACGGAAACCACCUCACGUACACUAGCUUUGGAGAGCCGACGGAAUGGCCUAAACGCAUUGACUUUCUGUUUGUGCAGGAGCCCCGGACAGCGGUGAUUACGAGCUUUGGCGUCGUCUCCAACAGUUUCGACGACCAGAUUCGUAUAUCGGAUCAUCGCCCGGUUGUGGCGGACAUGGAUAUUGUGUCUUACUUUUGA